AUGAAGAUCAGUAAACAAUUUACUUCUUCAUCAAAACAUCCUGUCUCAGCAGCAUCCUCAAGUCAAUCAAUCAUUCUUCUUAAUUUUGGUUCAGUAAUCAAUAUGUCGUUCAGGGAUAGGUUGGAAGAAUGUGCUUCAAAAUUACACGUGGGACGAGAAGAAUCAACAGCGUUCAAGGCAGCAAUUGGGUUUCUCGAUCUUAUGGCUGAGCACGAGAAUGAGAAUUUGUCUUAUCAAACUCUUGUUGACGAAGGGAAAAUCUUCAAAAGAACACCAUCCUUGAGAGAGCCAGAGAUUAAGAAACUCGAGAACUAUCUGUCAACUCUCAAUCCCAGUUUUCCAAGAUACUGGGCAGUCAAGUUGCAACUUACGUACCUUGGACACGCAGAUAAAUGUGAGAUGGUUCGCAAACAACGCGCUUCUUUGGAAGGAAAUGCUAAAUUACUAGGCUUGGAGGCGGUUUAUGAUAGCAUCUUGGAUAAGUGGUCCAAGAACUGGGAAGCCAUUGUAGUGGAACUUGAUCCAAUUACGACAGGGGCCCGUGAACAAAAUUCUUAUCGACUGGCUUUCCGAAUAAUUGCCAACAACAGAAGACCAGAAGAUGCGAUGUUCACGGAGAGAUUGAAGGAUUGUCAUCAAAUUCGCAGAGUAUCAAAAAACCAUCUCAACAUAGAUGGCUCAAGGUUCGCAUUUGGCGAUGUUGAUUUCGAAGAAGUUGAGUGUAUUGUCACAAAAACAUGGGGACCAGAAAUUUGUCGGCAAGCUGUUCAUAUUGUUCCAUCACGAAUAAGCACGGCCGAAAUGUCUUUGAUGUUUGUCACGACAUGGGCCUUAAAUCCUACGCUGGGAACAUACGAUCCCAAGAAUGGUUUAAUAUUCGAAAAACAAAUUGCAGACGCUUGGGAGGCAUGUCAAAUUUGUAUUGUGCCAUUCGUUGACACGAACUUUAAGUUCAGAACAUGGGAAAUUCGGGCAAUGGACUCGAACCUGUUAAAGUGCAACCAUAUGGAGCUGAAUUGUCUAUUCCGGGACAUUCAUGGACGUCAGGUGGAAGUUGGAUCUAUUCCACGAAUAGACUGCCUCCAGUUCCACUGGUUUCUUUGUCUGGCCAUAUCGAAAAAUAAGAAAUUUGACCAGCAGAGAAUUGAAGAGGAAUUGAUUUAUGGUAAGCGAGCUUGGUCAGCAACAGAUUCAACGGGUCGAGUGAAACGAAAUUUGAUCCUACUCCUAAGUGACGCUGUUGGUCGUAAACUUCCUCUUGAAAUAACGAAUUGGAAACAGCAUGACCAAAGGCUUUUAGGUUAUGCAGAAAUUGAAGGAUUGAUGUCAAAAAUCUGCGAUGUGCCAGAUGCGACAUCGGGAUUAGAAGCAGGAGGGAACGGAGAUUAG